AAACUCUCCUUUGUUUCCCUCAGACAUUGUCUCAGUUUCACAAUACGCUAGUGCUCCCACUUUUCUAUCUGUUUCCCAUUAACACAAACUUUUCUUUUUUUCAACAAUGGCUCCAAGAGACAGACCCACCGCACUACCCGGGCCCAGCCCAUCAGCCCACAAAGAGAUUCGUUUUAGAGGCGUUAGGAAACGUCCGUGGGGUCGUUACGCCGCUGAGAUCCGUGACCCCGGCAAAAAAACACGAGUUUGGCUUGGUACUUUUGAUACGGCCGAGGAAGCGGCGCGUGCUUACGACGCGGCUGCACGGGAGUUUCGUGGCUCGAAAGCUAAGACAAAUUUUCCAACACCGUCGGAGAUGCUUAAUCUUAACAUUAGUAACAACAGCACACGCAGCCCAAGUCAGAGUAGCACCCUUGAAUCACCGUCACCGCCGCCGCUUGAUCUAACUCUGACACCAUUUUCCGCCACCGGCGUCGGUGCUGUUUCUUUGGCUUUUCCGGUAUCCCGUCCUGUUUUAUUUUUCGACGCGUUUGCACGCGCUGAUACUGCGCUUAGCGUUGGUCGGCGUGAGAUGUGCGCCGUGGCUGAUUUUCGACGCGCCGUUUCUCACAGUGACUCGGAUUCAUCUUCCGUCGUGGAUUAUGAGCGUGUGCCACGUCAGAGAAUCUUGGAUCUUGACCUUAACGUUCCUCCACCACCUGAAGUUGCUUGAUCUGUCUCUGUUUGAUGACCCAUAAGCAAAAAAUUGAUUUUUAUGUUUUUUUUUAAGUACCCAUUUUGAUAAACGGAAUCGCUCUCGAGAAAAAUAUUUAACAAAAGAGAGAAAGAGAACGCAAAGUGUGUUGCUGACAUGGUGCUCCGAUUUGUUAAUGAUGAGGAUGAUAACGAGCACGCUUUGUAAAUAUAACGGAAAAAGAUGUCCCUUUUGUUUUUUU